AAGAAUAAAUUGCAAAUGGACAAAGAGAUCGAGGAGAUGAAAUCAACGCAUGAACUCGAGGACAACAAGCCGUUAAAAAUAGAAAUUAAUCCAGCACUGCAUGUUAAAAUCGACGAGAAGAACUGCAAGAUUUAUGAAACGAACGAUGAGCCAACGCUUGAUGACGAAGUGGAAGACCCACUCAUUUAA